GUCCUCCACACGAUCCUUCAGAAAAAAUCUUCUUGCUGGCAGAUACUUCUCCUGACUCUCCGCUAUCUGCUAUACAGUCUUCGCUCAACGACAUCAAUCAAUUUCCGAUUGAUCUCCAGAAUAUUCUUGACGACCAGUUCCGCAAUCCCAAAAAAUAGAACCGCCCGCAGUUACAAGACACGCCUCUCCACAUCAGUCACCCUUCUCCUUCCAAGAUGCCCGCCGAAGUUGAAUUCAAGCCAGGCUCCUUAGUGUUGUCCAAGAUGCCAUCUUACCCGGCUUGGCCUGGUAAGGUUGUCCCCAUCGACAGAAUCCCUGCCAACAUUUUCAAGGGCAAACCUAAAGAUGGCACAAGAACUCUUUGCGUUAAGUUUAUUGGAGAUGAGACCUUUUACUGGAACAGAUCCAAGGACUUGACUGUUUUGAAUGAUGAAAAGAUAAACAAGUACUUGGCAGCCAAUAAGACGAAGAAAAAGAAGAACCCUCAGUUAUACGCUGCCUAUGAGUUAGCCUUAAGCAACCCGUCUCUAGAUGCCUUGUUGAACGAUGAUAACGAGGACGACGAAGAAGAGGAAGAAGAAGAAGAAGAAGAGGAGGAGGAGGCUGAAGAGCCAGACGAUGACGAAGAAGAGUUACUUGAAACUAUUGCCACGGGUGAGGAAGACGAUAAUAGCGCCGUAUCCCACGAGGAAGACGAGGAAGACGAAGUUGUUAUUAAGAGUCCAAGAAAGAGAAACCCCUCGGACGGCGGAACCGUGUCCACCAAUAGAGGUGGCAGGGCCACCAAAAGGAGCAGGUCUGCCUCCUCUGACAAGGAAUCGCUUGAGACGCCACCCCCUGCUUCCAACAAGGGUUCAUCUUCCAAGAAAUCAACACCUAUUCCUAAGGAAAAAGGCACUCCACCAGCUUCCAACAAGUCCCCACCUGCCGAUGCUGCCUCCCCGAGAGUUUCUUCGUUGGGCCAACCUCCUUCGUACGAGGAUCGAAGAAAGCAGCUAUGGUUUUACAGAUCUAAGCUACAGAAGGGUGUGGUCCAGAGGCCUUCAAACUCACCAUUGACAAAGGAAGAAAUUGAUACAGCUUGCAAUAUUUUAGACAAGUUGGAAAACUACCCAAUGGACCUUCAGCUACUCAAAUCAACAAAAAUCCACAAAGUUUUAAAAGCUCUUGCUCGUGCCGAGACCACUCUGCAUGACAGCGAUGACCACAAACUUGAACCUCGAGUAGUGGUGAAGUCCGAAGCGAUUUUACACAAAUGGACCGAUAUUAUGACCGAAUUGAAGAACGAAAAGGAAGGUGGUGGGAAAUCUGCCUCUCCGGCCCCAACUGCAGCUCCUCUUAUUGCGCUUACCCCUUUGCGCACGAAAGACGAUAAGGAUGUCGAAAAACAUGCUUCCGAAGAAAGCAACGAGGUUACCGAAAAUGGUCAAAUUAAGACUGAGAAAGAAGGUGGAGGUAAAGCGGGAGAUUUUAAGAAUGUCACUAACGGCACAUCCGGAUUGGAGGAAGAAGAGUAAAAGUUUGUUGUUUUGGUUUUAUUUUCAUUUUUCAUUAUAGCUCGCGAUCCUUGUCGCUUGCUAAGUUUUCUGAGGGAAAUUGGCUGCCAUUUACCUCCUGGUUUUUAUUCCGG